AUUUUAUCCGUUUCCAUCCCGGUGAAUUUUUAAGUGAUUCUCUUAUAUUUGUGUCCAUAUUAUUCCUGAAGCUUCUGUUUUAUCCACGAAUCUUAUACUUUCGGUUUGUUCGAUUUACUUUUGCGAAUUCUUAGUGCCUGACUCAGGUGAUUUCUUGUUGUUUUUGUUGAGAAGCGUCACGCCAAUUCGUCAAGAUGGGAAAGGAGAAGGUCCAUAUUAACAUUGUCGUCAUCGGUCACGUAGAUUCUGGUAAAUCUACCACAACUGGACAUCUUAUCUACAAAUGUGGUGGUAUCGACAAGCGUACCAUCGAAAAAUUCGAGAAGGAAGCCCAGGAAAUGGGUAAAGGUUCCUUCAAGUACGCCUGGGUAUUGGACAAACUGAAGGCUGAACGUGAGCGUGGUAUCACCAUCGAUAUUGCUUUGUGGAAAUUCGAGACUGACAAGUACUAUGUCACCAUCAUUGAUGCCCCAGGUCACAGAGAUUUCAUCAAGAACAUGAUCACAGGAACCUCACAGGCUGAUUGUGCUGUCUUGAUCGUAGCUGCUGGUACUGGUGAGUUUGAAGCUGGUAUCUCCAAGAACGGUCAGACCCGUGAACACGCUCUCUUGGCCUUCACCCUUGGUGUGAAACAACUCAUUGUUGGUGUUAACAAGAUGGACUCCACCGAACCACCCUACAGCGAGGCUCGAUUUGAUGAAAUCAAGAAGGAAGUCAGCAGUUACAUCAAGAAGAUCGGAUACAAUCCAGCUAGCGUAGCCUUCGUGCCAAUUUCCGGAUGGCACGGAGAUAACAUGUUGGAGCCAUCCAGCAAGAUGCCAUGGUUCAAGGGAUGGCAAAUCGAACGUAAGGACGGUAAUGCUGAAGGUAAAUGCCUGAUUGAAGCUUUAGAUGCCAUCCAGCCACCCAGCAGACCCACAGACAAGCCCCUCCGAUUGCCACUCCAGGAUGUCUACAAAAUUGGAGGUAUCGGAACGGUGCCCGUUGGUCGUGUUGAAACUGGAGUGAUCAAACCAGGUAUGGUUGUCACUUUUGCCCCUGUCAACUUAACCACUGAAGUUAAGUCCGUUGAAAUGCACCACGAAGCUCUGCCUGAGGCCGUGCCCGGAGACAACGUUGGUUUCAACGUAAAGAACGUUUCAGUCAAAGAACUUAGGAGAGGAUACGUAGCUGGUGAUUCCAAGAACAACCCACCCAGAGCUACCGCCGAUUUCAUUGCUCAGGUUAUUGUAUUGAACCAUCCUGGUCAAAUCUCCAAUGGUUACACUCCCGUCUUAGAUUGUCACACAGCUCACAUUGCUUGCAAGUUCGCUGAAAUCAAAGAAAAGUGUGACCGUCGUACCGGUAAAACUACUGAAACCGAACCCAAGAGCAUAAAGUCUGGAGAUGCAGCCAUCAUCAACCUCGUGCCCACCAAGCCACUGUGUGUUGAAUCUUUCUCAGAAUACCCUCCUCUUGGACGUUUCGCCGUCCGUGAUAUGAGGCAAACUGUCGCUGUUGGUGUCAUCAAGAGCGUACAAGCCAAGGAUCUUUCCGCUGGUAAAGUAACAAAGGCUGCAGAAAAGGCGCAGAAGAAGAAAUAACUAGGUGUAUCCGUCACAUCAGAUACGCUUAUGAAUACUGUAGGGUCUAUUGAAGAAACGCACGUCUUUGUCUUCUCCAUGUCUUUGAUAUUACCUUAUUUCCAUCGUAAAGAGUUCCGCAGGAAAAAACUAAACUUUAAGUGUCGAUCAACUGUGGCGUUAUCAUAUUUUGAUUUUGUUUCUUCAUGACUCAAUUCUUGAUUCAACUGAUUGUUUCUUUUUUUUUAAAUAUAUAUGUAUAAUUUUUAUUUA